GUGAUCAUGUUUUUGGCCUGGUUCCCUAGUCCCUUCUUAGAAAGCUCGACAUUAUCGCACAGCAAGAAAAAGACGCACGGGAAGCAGCGAAAAAAAGAGCUCUAUCAGACAAAACUUUAAACAAAAAAGGGACAAGGACAGACAUCAACUACAAACGCUUGCACGUUGGUAUCAAAGAUAACAACAUGGAUCCUAACGAGCGUAAACCUCUGAUGGGGAGAAGAAGAUCAACAUUCUCCCGAUACAUUCCAGUUGAGGACGAUAACAUAAGUAUAGGGCAACAGUCGUCGUCUUCAACCUUUGGACAGAGCAAUACACUCUUGAGUGGUGGAGGUAACGAUGCCAAUACGUUUAGAGAUUUGAGAAAGUGGGAUAUCCACAGGAAAUCCUCUGUGUCUGGAGACGUGCCCUUGUCACGAAGCUGGGUCCACAGAUCGAGUGUAGGCUCGACCCAUAACGCUCAUAGACCACAGUAUGGAUCAAAGGGUUCACAUGCGUCACAUGCAUCACAUGGGUCGCAAGGACAUGUUACAAGGGAGUGUCUUGUUGACAUGGAGAGAUUGGGAUCACGUCAAAGGCAAAACAGCUCAAGCACUGAUGACAAUGAUAUUUUCAAGGAUGAAGAAGUGUUUGAUUCAAAGCCGGUAACAAGAAGAAACAGUGAACCGAGCUCCUUAGAUGACGUGUGUUUCCCCUUGGAUGCUAUGGAUGAUGACGAAGUUCAAAAGAACUGGCCCGACCUUGAAGUGCUGGAUGAGUUUCUAAAGGAGGAAACAGAGAGGCUUCAAGAGGAGGCUGCUCAAGAGGCAUCACAGGCUAACAUGAGGUAUGACCUCGCGUCCUCUGAUGUCGAUAGCGCCGAUGCAUCAUCUGGCCAAGUUGGAUUCUCCUACCCUAUAGUGACAAAGGUGGAUGCUCCUUUACUGGGGAAUAAGAGGAUCAACGAGGCUGAGACCCUAACUGGUAGACUACGUCCACCAAAGAUUAACCCCUUUGCAAAGAACAGGUCAAACACCCAGUUCCUUAACACUAUCAAUUACCCACCACAUAUCGUCAACAGCAACCCGGGUCAUUUCAGAUUCACCUAUUUUAGAGAAGAUUUGGAUUCCACAGUGCACUCACCAACGAUCUCUGGGUUGUUACAACCUGGACAGAGAUUUGCGGAUUUAUUCCAAUACUCUGAGUAUUCGAAGGAGAAGCAGAGUAAGCCUUCAACCACCCCAAACUCGUACAAGGAGAAAGAGUCAUUGAAGGAGCUAACUUCAAAGGAGCCGUCACCAUCUUUAAACGAUUUGGACGAGUCUGAGGAUCACAUAUCUCCUUUCUGGUUGGACGUGUUGAAUCCAACUGAAGAAGAGAUGAAAGUCUUGUCAAAGGCGUUCCAAGUGCAUCCUUUAACCACAGAGGAUAUCUUUUUAGGAGAGACAAGAGAAAAGGUUGAACUGUUUAAGGAUUACUAUUUUGUCUGUUUCCGUUCAUUUGACAUUGUUCAAGAGAGAAUAAAGAUGAAAAAAUCCAAUGCAGAAUCUACCAAAUCUGAGUCGAUCAAACCUGCAACAGUAUGGCAGAAGUUAUUCAGCAGACGUCAAUCCCUUUCAAGGUCCGAGCAGUCGAUGAAGUCUGAAUCUUCUUCCAUGAGACGCCGCAGAAAACAGUUGGAGAGAGAACGGUAUCAAAAGAAGUCAGGUGAAAAGCACAAGCCAAAGAACAACGAGUUGGAACCUUUAAACGUGUACAUUGUUGUGUUCCGUCAUGCGGUUUUAACCUUCCAUUUUGCACCAACUCCUCACCCUGUGAAUGUUCGUCGUAGAGCCAGGCUAUUACGUGAGUAUCUCACUGUGAGUGCGGAUUGGAUAGCAUAUGCAUUAAUCGAUGACAUUACAGAUGCGUUUGGUCCAAUGAUUGAAAGUAUUGAAGAUGAAGUCAACGACAUCGAGGAUUCAAUUUUAAGGAUGCAUAACGACUCGGAUUCUAGUGACGAGGACAGUGAUGAUAGUGAUGAUGAUUUCGAUUACAAGCCUCUAAGUAUGAUGCGGAAACAAUCCACCAUCGACGCCAAGUCUCUGUCAUCAGUACGCUCUGCGUCAACGAAGUCUACAAGAUCUACGAACUCAAACGUGAUUGAAUGGAAGAAGAAAGGUGACUUGUUGAAGCGUAUUGGUGAAACACGUGCCAGGGUGAUGGCCUUACUACGUCUCUUAGUUUCAAAGGUGGACGUUAUAAAAGGCUUUGCUAAGAGAUGUAAUGAACAAUGGGAGGUUGCUCCUAGGUCUGAAAUUGGUAUGUACUUGGGGGACAUUCAAGACCAUAUUGUCACGAUGGUUCAAAGUCUGAACCAUUACGAAAAGCUAUUGGCCAGAUCCCACUCCAAUUAUCUCGCACAGAUCAAUAUCGACAUGACCAGGGUAAACAACGAUAUGAACGAUGUUCUUGGAAAGAUUUCGCUCUUGGGUACCGUUGUGCUACCUAUGAACAUUGUGACUGGUCUAUGGGGAAUGAACGUUUUAGUUCCAGGACAGGGAAUUGAGGACUCUCUAAUUUGGUUCUGGUGCAUAACGUCUGGUAUGUUCUUAUUUGCACUCUGUGCCUAUUUCUAUAUGAAGAGGAUCUCUGGAUUCGAUUGAUUGCAACAUAUACACAUCGCUCUUCAUUAGUUAGGCCAAUAUACAUUAACCACUCCUCAGCGUAACUUAG